GGCAUCCUCCUCCAACAAUCACUUGUUAUAUCAUCAGGAAGUUUGCAUUAAUCAGAAGAAUGGAUUUGGUCCUAGUCACUCAACAAUGAAAGAUAAAGGCGGGGGCGUUAACAAGCACUUAAAAGCCAAAGCGUGGUUAAUCCAGGGCAGGACUUGAAAUAAAAGCCAAGAAGCAACUGGGACGCUGUAUCGAGGACUCCGGCAGUCUUGGGGACAGCUAAUUACUGGAAAGAAUCGCACCACACCCCAAUCCACCAUGUCAUCCACUUUCCUGAAGUUGCUGGCUGCCAUUUUGUUCCUGGCAUCUGCUGCCACUGCAGCAGAUGGAGAUCGGAUAACUGGAGGGAAGCCUUGUUCACCCAAUUCCCAGCCCUGGCAGGCUGCGCUUUUUUCUGGCUUCAGGUUGAAUUGUGGAGGGACCCUGAUCAGCAGGUCCUGGGUGCUGAGUGCUGCCCAUUGUCGAAUGAGAACUCCUUUUUCUGUACGCCUCGGGGAACAUGACCUCAAGCGUUUGGAUUGGUCUGAACAGCUCAAACUAGCAUCAAAAGUCAUCGUGCAUCCAGGCUACGACCCUCGGACCAAGAACAACGAUCUCAUGCUUGUCAAGCUGCUGACUCCAGUCUGCUUAAACAACAAAGUCAAUAUUAUUGACUUGCCUACCAACUGCCCUGUGCCUGGGACCGAAUGUGUUGUUUCAGGAUGGGGUACGACAACAAGCCCCCAAGCAAGUUUCCCCAAUGUUUUGCAUUGUGCAAACAUCACCAUAGUUAAUCAAAACGCCUGCCAAGCCAUCUACCCCAGUUAUUUCACCGAGAACAUGGUCUGUGCUGGCAAGGUGGAAGGAGAAGCAGAUGCUUGCAUGGGUGAUUCAGGCGGCCCCCUUGUCUGCAAUGGGAAGCUGCAAGGGAUCGUAUCCUGGGGGCCCCAGAUAUGCGCACAGCCAAGGAGGCCUGGAGUCUAUGUUAAUGUCUGCAAAUAUGUGACGUGGAUUCGAGAAACCAUCCGCAAUAACUGAUGAUCCCAUGGCAAUAGGAACAGAGGAAGCCGUCUCGGGCCAGUUCAGACCAUUUUGUUCAGUAUUGUCUACACUGACUGGCAGCAGCUCUCUACUGACAGAGAUCUUGCCCACAUCUACUUGGAGAUGCCAGAGACUGAAUCUGCCACUAAGCUGUGGCCCUUCCUCCAACCCUGAGUAAACUCUGAGGGCAGUGGGGGGAUAUGCUUGCCUUUUUGUUGUGGACUUCAGUAGACACCAAGUUGGUUUGUGAUGCUUUUGCCACUUCUCUGGUGUUAUGUAAAAAUAUACAGUAAUAAAAGCUGUGUUUGAUCA